AUGAAUACCAGCCCACUAUCCAUCACCGAUGACACGGCGUGCUUGACACCCAAUACGGCUCCUCCCGUCUGCAAAGUCCUGGACCACCCGUUCCGCCUCGUCGUCGGCACCACCAGCGACGGCUCCAUGAUCACAUUCGAGUACGUCGAGGCCGACGACACGUUCCCCUUCUUCUUCCAGGAAGUCGUCUGGAGGAAAUGGAACAAACAUUCACAGAAGUGGCAGUUGGAGACGCUAUCGAACCUAAUCAGAACGGAGCCCGAGGCCGUCAUAGAGUUCAUCGGCGAUCAUGUUUGGGUCGUCGAUAUCAAUAUGUGCACGACGAGAUUCGCCUUUACCAGUUUGCACAAGGCUUAUGCUGAGGAUCCCGGGAAUCCGGCUUUCUGGAGGGUGGAGGAUCCGGCGGGUGAUAUGGGUGUGGAUGCUUUGUUGGCUACUCUGGGAGUCAAUGGGAUUGGGAACGAUUCGAAGGCGUGCCAGCAUUUCAUUCCGUUUCAAGUGCGCCCGCCGACUCCGGAAGACCCUCUAUAUAUCGGCAAUCUGGCGCAGGACGGCGAGGACGAGAAAGUCACGGACCAGCGAAGAACGUGGGAGCCGGCUUCUCCUCUCCCAGCACCUUCAACAUCCUCGGACGAAUCCCAGCAUGCAUGUGUCGAUUUUCCGAUGGAAGUCACAAACGAGGAGCUUCUUGAAGGGGGAGGUUGGCAGCAUGCACACCCGGAACACCAUCUAGCAAAUAGCUCCUCCAGCGCGGGAGACUUUGGCUACUGGAAUUUGGAGAAUGGAACCAGCUCUACUGAGAGUUCACACCCCGUAGACGCGCAAUGUCAACUCCUACCAGCCUCUCCGGUGUUGGACGCCGCCUCCGGUCAAUGCAGUUUUGAGGAUGCGACAGGUCCCAUUGAUGACCGGCAAGUUGAAGACUGCGAAAUGGUGGACGCUGCCACGCUACAGAGUUCUACCUGCGACAUGGACGACGUCCGUUCGUCCUCCUCUAGCGAAUGCGACUUGUUCGACCCCCGAUUCGACACUCCUCCCGAGGAAGAAGAAUACAGUCACUUCUCUGAGGAUGAGUAA